UCAAAGCCAGCGGUAAACCGUUUCAAGCUGCUUGGCUUGGAGCAGAAGCUUCUGAUUUCACGUUGGUCAGCGAUGCUAUGGAGUUGUCAUGGGAUGAUUGCCCCUGCGGUGGCACCGUUGGUUUUUCUCGAGACCUGUAUGACAAGUACUCUUUGGCACCCACUGUGAAAGAGCUAUGUGCCAAUGCCAUAGCACAAAUUCGUUCCCCAGUAAAGGUUGAAGUAAAGCCGGAGCCAAAAGUAGAAACCGGCGACAAUAAAUCAGACUGUGCCCCCUCAGUGGAGCUAGAGAAAACGUUGACUCGUGGAAACGCAAAUGAAGUUUUUCCAGAACCCAAAGUGCCAUUCCCUCGUUUGUCCUGGCUGACGGUCAGAGAACAGACCUUAUACAUGCAUUGGCUGAAGCAAACCUUGUUUCCAGGUUCACUGACAGAUGAUGAUUUAUCACUGUUGCAAAAGCAUGUGAACAAUGAAACCGCUGAGUUCAUGAAGUACCUGCAGGAUGUGGCAAAGAUUUGUGCAGAUGAUUACAACUACAUGCCCCAUGGCGCAGCUCUAUACUCAGAGGAGUGUCUCAGAGCCAGCCUUGAAAUGGUGAAGAAUUACCCACAGGUAUAUCUCAUCCAUGAAAUGACCAGCAUAACCGGGGGGAAAUUCAACCCUGGCCUCUCUCUGAACUUUGAGAAGCAACUACUGGCUUUGGGAAAUGUGAUGAUGGUGGAGCUUCCUAAAAAGCUGCACCAAAAUGUUCCGUUACCAGAAGACUACCAGCCAGUGUCAUCAGUGACUCUACCAGUGAAGAAAGCCAGUUUGAUGCACACAGACAUCAGUAAUGACCCAAACGCAGCAAAACUAUACGCAACAUAUGAGCCACAUGUUUGUGUGACCAGGCAGGCAUUUCUCACGCUUCUCAACAACCCAGGCCCAGAAUACCCCGAGCAGUGGGAGAUUCCUGUCUGGGUGAGGAUGACCACUGGGGAAGAUCCCAGGAAGGAGGUGUACAUCGAUUCUCCUCUGGUCAAAACAGAGAUGACCACGAGGGAGAAGAGUAAACUUUUCCACGAGGAGAGUAUGAAACUGGCACUGAAGAGGACUGAACCAAAGAACGUGCGAGAGCUUCAGUUGGAAAAAUCAGCCCCGGAUUUCAUGGAAAGCCAGAGAAGUCUGCUUUCUUUUGCCCAAGACUGUGCUGACUUUGAGGUAGACCUCACAGAUCUAGAGACCUUUGGCGAAUCGGCAACCAAGAGCCGGAAAGAACCAAAGCCGUCUGAGAGUGCUGUGAAACCUGCCCUUCCUGUGGUCAAAAGCCCCUCCCUAGAAAGACCCCCGCCACGUAAGAGGCCGAAACUGGAGCCUGAUGCAGAGUGUCCCUCAGACCUCUCCUCCACUGGCGAUUCAGACGAAGAGCGGCUGGUGAUCGACGCUCCUUCCUCUCCCAGAAGAAACUCUGCGGUGACGGACCGGCCCGAGCCCUCGAGCACGUCUGCGGGGAAGGAGCUUUCUCCUCCCUCCUACUCCACCCGGCACCCCAGCAGCUCUCUCUCCUCAGACGGUGUCCCAGAGACCCCGAGGUCCCCCUCUCCGGAGGCAGGCAGACGGGCCCAGGGCAGCACCACCUCACCCCCAGGCAGCGAGAAGGCCAAAAGGCCCGGCAGGCGAGCUGCACCCAGGGCGUCCCAGCAGUGCGACCAGCUGGGGCAGAUUCUGCGCAUGCAGAACGCCCUGCUGAAGCCUGGCCCCAACCUCGCCCAGGAGCCUCUGUCCUCACCCCCACGUGGGGCCCCCCAGGGUAGCCCCGCACCCCCAGCUCAGAGCCACUCUCAGUCCCUGGUGAAGCCGUGUGUGUCAUCCUACCUGGAGGCCAAUCAGGGCCCAGUCCAACCGGCCUCUGUCUGUUCGGCUUCAGCAGCCACUGGUCCUGUUAACAAGCAGACCACUGCAGAGUGCAAGAGGCUCCUGUCAGAAGCCCUGCUGCUCAGUGCGGAGGAUGAGUCGGCCUAUGAGAGGCCGCAGGAGGGGAAUCUGCUGUACUGCCUGUACAGCCUGCAGAACCUCCUCCUGAUGGUGCGCAGCACGGUACCCCUGGCCCUGCGGAGGACGUACGGGACCGUGUCAGAGAUUGUUCCUGCUCAUUUCUUGGCGAAGUUGGAGUAUCAGCUGAGUUACGGUAUAGAGUGUCUCACUCAGAGUGAGGUCUGUCAGCUAUGGGCUGAGAGGAAGCUGCACCCCAGCACUUUGUCCUAUGUGGGCCACAUCGAUGCACUCACGUCGAAGCUGGUCGUGAUGGAGGAGCUCCCGUAUGAGAAAAUAUUGAACGCCUCGUGUGCUUUUGUCCCUUCCAAGUCGCUGAAUAUUCUCCAGCAUUUGCUGAAAAAGGUUGCUGGUUUGCAGGAGGGCAGGUACCUGUUGGCCCACAAAGCAGGGGAGCCUCUUGUCACCAUUGUGAAAGCGGUCGACGGGACCAAGACAACGCGGGCCACCUACGACCUGCACCAGGCCCACAGCCACCUGCCACAGACCCCAGCCCAAGGCCCUGUGCCCUGGGUGCCAGUGGACCCCACCCACCUGCUCUCUUUCCAUGUGAAACACAACCGCGUCCCAUGCACCUUCCCACCGAGGAUCGCCUUCCAGACAAACAGGCCUAAAGCUGUGGGCACCAGAGCUGCCGGGGUCCCGGCGCAGCCAGGCACACCCCAUGGGUCAGCCAAAAAGAAGAAAUGGAAGAAGUGGAAGAAGAGGAACAAAGGGAAGGACAAAUCCAGUGUUGCUGAAAAUUAAGCUUAAAACGGAACAUGAGCCUAAAUGGCAAGGAAACGCUGAGGACACAUGACACGGCUGAAUGUUGAGGCUUCCAUUUUUCUCUUAUGCUUUGUGUCCCAAAUUGGUGGAGACUAGUAUAUAGCCAUUUAAAAAAUAAUUUCUAAGUUGCUGAUACUUAUGCCCCCACUAUUUUCUUUUUUUCUCUAAUUCUGUACAUUUUGUAUUGAUUGAAUGUAUUGAUUCAGUUUACCUUUACACGUUGGAUCACUUGUUAAGGCUUAAUAAUGUAACAAAAGAUGUUGCUUUUCCUCUGUAUUCCUCCAUAUAUUUUGUUUUGUGAAUUCUGGAUUUGGUUAAUGUUAAAUUAUUAAACUUUUAUUUUUGCAUUUGUAUUUAAAA